GAUAGAGCACUUCACUCCACACCCGCACCACUCCCUUCUCACCUCCCCCCCCCUCACAUCCGCAGCGGUGACUGGCCAAUAAAAUACAGAAAAUACGUAAGCAUCGACGAGUGCUCGGCGCAGGCGGAGAAAAGCUCGGUGUAAAGCGGACUGAACCUCCUCCAGCAGCACUCGUACUGCUGACAUCUCUCUCUCUCUCUGUCUCUCUCUGUUUCUCUCACUCUCUCAGCGAGCGAGCAAAGCCAGGGCCUGUCAUCCCAUCUGGACUCUGGGCGAAUUCCUUCUCCAGACCUUGGCACAGACAAGAGAAGAGAAGAGAAGAGAAGAGAAGACAACCAAGCCGCCGUUCCCUGGGUGCCAAAAAAAACAAACAAAAAAAACAGUCUCCACAUCGGUGUUUUAGGUCAACUGUUGGGUCGCGUCGCCUGUAGAACAAGAUGUUAGAUCCGUCGUCCAGCGAGGAGGAAUCUGACGGGAUAGUGGAGGAGGAAUGCAAGGAGGCGAGGGCACCCCAGGCCGGAACCCGCAUCUCCCCGAGCCGGACCAGCGAGAGCUCGGGUGGACUGGCGCCCAGCAGCAGCAGCCGCAGCAGCGCCCGUCCGACCAGCCCGAGUCCUUCGGCCGUCAGCGAGGAGAAGGAAGACCUGGAGAAGCUGCAGAGGGACGAGGAGGAGCGGAAGAAGAAGCUGCAGCUCUAUGUGUUUGUGAUGCGAUGCAUCGCUUAUCCAUUCAAUGCAAAACAACCGACAGACAUGGCCCGGCGGCAGCAGAAGAUAACGAAGCAGCAGCUUCAGCAGACCAAGGACCGUUUCCAGGGCUUCCUGAAUGGAGACACACAGAUUGUGGCUGACGAGGCUUUCAUUAACGCCGUGCAGAGCUACAACGAGGUGUUCCUGAAGAGCGACCGCGUGGCCAAAAUGGUCCAAAGCGGCGGCUUCUCAGCCAACGACUUCAGGGAAGUGUUCAAGAGACACAUCGAGAAGCGCGUACGCAGCCUCCCCGAGAUCGAUGGUCUGAGCAAGGAGACGGUCCUCAGCUCCUGGAUGGCUAAGUUUGACACCAUCUACCGCGGCGACGAAGAUCCGCGCAAGGCACAGCAGCGCAUGACUGCGAGCGCAGCCUCGGAGCUCAUCCUCAGCAAGGAGCAGCUGUACGAGAUGUUCCAGAAUAUUCUCUGCAUCAAGAAGUUUGAGCAUCAGCUGCUCUACCAGGCCUGUCAGUUGGACAACCUGGACGAGCAGGCUGCACAGAUUAGAAGAGAACUUGAUGGUCGUCUUCAGAUGGCAGACCAGAUUGCCAGGGCUGGUAAGUUUCCCAAAUUUGUGUCCAAAGAGAUGGAAGCCAUGUACAUCGAGGAGCUGAAAUCUUCGGUGAAUCAGCUGAUGGCUAAUCUGGAGAGCAUGCCCGUCUCCAAGGGUGGAGAGUUUAAACUGCAGAAGCUGAAACGGGGACAUAAUACCUCCAUUAUCGACAUGGGCCAGGAGGACGAGAACACUCUGUCCAAGUCUGAUGUGGUUCUGUCCUUCACUCUGGAGGUGGUGAUCAUGGAAGUGCAGGGGCUGAAGUCUCUGGCACCAAACCGAAUUGUUUACUGCACCAUGGAGGUGGAGGGUGGGGAGAAGCUUCAGACUGAUCAGGCAGAAGCCUCCAAGCCAACAUGGGGGACUCAGGGGGACUUCACCACCACACACCCUCUGCCUGCUGUCAAGGUGAAGCUGUUUACAGAGAGCACGGGGGUGCUGGCACUGGAGGACAAAGAACUGGGCAGGGUUGUCCUUCACCCGACUCCCAACAGCCCCAAGCAGUCGGAGCUUCACAAGAUGACUGUAACCAAGGCCUGUCCUGACCAAGAUCUGAAGAUUAAACUGGCCAUACGCAUGGACAAGCCCCAGAACAUGAAACACUGCGGGUAUCUGUGGGCUUUUGGGAAGAAUGUGUGGAAGCGCUGGAAGAAGCGUUUCUUUGUUCUGGUGCAGGUGAGUCAGUACACGUUUGCCAUGUGCAGCUACAGAGAGAAAAAGUCAGAGCCACAGGAACUCCUUCAGUUGGAUGGUUAUACUGUGGAUUACAGUGACCCUCAGCCAGGCCUGGACGGUGGCCGGGCUUUCUUCAACGCAGUGAAGGAGGGCGACACUGUGAUCUUUGCCAGUGAUGACGAGCAGGACCGCAUCUUGUGGGUCCAGGCCAUGUACCGGGCCACUGGUCAGUCCCACAAGCCCGUACCACCAACUCAGGUCCAGAAACUUAACUCCAAAGGGGGCGCCUCAGCCCAAAUGGACGCUCCCAUUUCUCAGUUCUACGCUGACAGAGCUCAGAAACAUGGCAUGGAUGAGUUUAUCUCCGCUAACCCCUGUAGCUUUGACCACGCAUCACUUUUUGAGAUGGUGCAGCGACUCACGUUGGACCACAGGCUCAACGACACCUUCUGCUGCCUGGGAUGGUUCAGCCCAGGACAGGUGUUUGUCCUGGACGAGUACUGUGCCAGGAAUGGGGUUCGAGGCUGUCACAGACAUCUGUGUUACCUGCGCGAUCUGCUGGAAAGAGGGGAGAGUGGGGCAAUCAUUGACCCCACCCUGCUUCACUACAGCUUCGCUUUCUGUGCCUCCCAUGUCCAUGGGAACAGGCCCGACGGGCUGAGCACAGUGAAAGUGGACGAGAAGGAACGCUUUGAGGAAAUCAAGGAGCGGUUGCGUGUGUUGCUGGAAAAUCAGAUUGUAAAUUUCAGAUAUUGUUUCCCCUUCGGUCGCCCAGAAGGUGCUUUGAAGGCCACGCUGUCUCUGCUGGAGAGGGUCCUGAUGAAAGAUAUCGUGACUCCAGUUCCUCCAGAAGAAGUUAAAGGAGUGAUCCGCAAAUGUCUGGAGCAGGCCGCUCAGCUCAACUACCAGCGCAUCACAGAAUACGCUAAAAUUGAAGGGAAAAGGAGGGAAAUGUAUGAGCACCCUGUCUUCUGCUUGGCGUCUCAAGUGAUGGAUUUAACCAUCCAGAACGUAGGCCGCUUAGUCACGCCUGCCAAAAAGCUGGAGGAAACAAUUCGCCUGGCGGAGUUAGUCAUAGAGGUCCUCCAGCAGAACCAGGAACACCACGCGGAGGCCUUCGCGUGGUGGACGGACCUGAUGGUGGAACAUGCAGAGAACUUCCUGGCCUUCUACGCUGUGGACAUGGACGCCGCCCUGGAGAUCCAAUCACCCGAGAGCUGGGACAGCUUCCCUCUCUUCCAGCUUCUCAACGACUUCCUGCGUUCAGACUUUCACCUGUGCAACGGAAAGUUCCACAAACACCUGCAGGAUCUGUACGCACCUCUGGUGGUUAGAUAUGUGGAUCUGAUGGAAUCCUCCAUCGCACAGUCAAUUCACAAGGGCUUUGACCGAGAAUCCUGGGAGCCUGUAAAGAGUUUAACAAGUAAUCUUCCCAAUGUGAAUCUGCCAAAUGUCAACCUCCAAAUUCCCAAAGUACCAAAUCUGCCAGUGCCAGUAGCAGGACUAUCAGUUAACCUUCCACAAAUGCCUAGCUUUUCUACCCCUUCAUGGAUGGCUGCUAUAUAUGACUCUGAUAACGGCUCUGGGACAUCAGAAGACCUCUUCUGGAAGCUGGACGCGCUCCAGACCUUCAUCAGGGACCUGCACUGGCCUGAGGAGGAGUUCGCCAAACACCUGGAGAGUCGCAUCAAACUGAUGUCCAGCAACAUGAUCGAGAGCUGCGUCAAACGCACCAGGAUGGCGUUUGAAUCCAAGCUGACGAAGAGCAGCAAGUCCACCGAUUUCCGCAUUUCUCCAACUUUAUGCACUAUGUUCAACGUGAUGGUGGACGCCAAGGACCAAUCGGCCAAGUUGUGUGCGAUGGAGUUGGGCCAAGAGAAACAGUUCCACUCCCAGAUAGACGACCUGAUAGAGGAAAGUGUGAAGGACAUGAUUCAACUUCUGGUUGCUAAGUUUGUUGCGAUUCUGGACGGUGUGUUGGCAAAGAUCUCCAGAUACGAUGAAGGCACUCUCUUCUCUUCAUUCCUGUCUUUCACAGUGAAAGCUGCCUCAAAAUAUGUGGACGUACCUAAACCUGGCAUGGACGUGGCCGACGGAUACGUGACCUUCGUGCGCCAUUCUCAGGAUAUGCUUCGGGAUAAGGUCAAUGAGGAGGUGUAUAUAGAAAGAUUAUUUGAUCAAUGGUACACUGCCACCAUGAACCUGCUGGGGACCUGGCUCACCGAACGGACGGAACAGCAGCUCCACGUCUACCAGCUCAAGAUCCUCAUCAGGAUCACAAAGAAGAAGUACAGGGACUUCCGCCUGCAGGGCGUCCUGGACUCCACCCUGAACAGUAAGAUGUACGACACGGUGCGCAACAGGCUGACCCUGGAGGAGGCCACGGCUUCAGUGAGGGAAGGAGGCAUGCAGGGCAUCUCCAUGAAGGACAGCGACGAGGAGGACGAGGAGGACGACUAGACUCACACGCCGGCCCCUUGAACCUCUCUCUCUCUCUCUCUCUCUCCACCCUGAACCCCCUUUAAAACUUUUGACUUUAGCCUGGUUACCGAUGCAUGUACCAAACUCAGAUAGCCACUCUAGGACCUCGUUGUCAGCUCGAAAUGAUAAUGAAGGAACUAUUACCUAUAAAAAAAAAAAUAGUACUUAUACUGAGGAAAAUCAAGAAUAAAAAUGUUUGAAAAAAAAAAAAAAGUAACCAUGAUCGGCAGUGUAGCUGCGUCAUGAUAAAGAUAGCACCUAUCUUUGUUCCAUUCAUUUCUAAGGCCCAUUCCUAUGUGUUACUAAGCAAUAUGGAGAACCAUUUGUUUGAAACUGUUGAGUGAGAUUAUUAGGUGUGUCCCUGUCCAACGCAAACCUAUAUGGAGCUUCUUUGUCGUAUUCUACAUUCAUUAAUGGUACGUUGUCGUGAUGAAGAAUGUGUGUGUGGACCCUUUCCUUUGUCUCGUCCGUUUUUAAGUGAAUGCCAACUGCUUCGAAACUGAAAAUAAACCUCUGUAUUUGUUUACGGCUGUUACCGGAAAAGAAGAAGAAGAAGAAAAAAAAAACAAAAAAAAAA